AAAAAAAUUAAGUAAACUGUAGCUCAGUCACAUUAAAAAUAUAAACAGUAAGCUGCAGUCUCUCAUGUUUACGAGAGAGUUUGUUACUUAAUCUUUGUGUAUUUCAUCAAUUUUGCAGAUUAUUUCAUUGAAUUUAAACAUGUCGGAAGUCAAAUCAAGUGUUAUUAAGACUGAAAUUGAAAGAUUUUCUCAGCAUGCAGCUGAGUGGUGGAAUCCAAAUGGAAGGAUGAAGUUGCUGCAUCAAAUGAUACCGGCAAUUCGUAUUCCGUUGAUGAAAAGUGGACUUUAUAAUGCUGGCUUGGUAAAAGAAGAAAACAAAGGCAAAUCAAACAUGUUUGAGGGGAUUAAGAUACUGGAUGUUGGAUCUGGUGGUGGAUUGAUGGCUGAGCCGAUGGCUUUGAUGGGUGCUCAAGUCACUGGAGUUGAUCCAACAGAAAAACUCAUCGAUGUCGCUAAUGAGCAUGUUAAGAUCCAUGAAAAUCUCAAAAUAAACUACAUCUGUGACACUGUUGAGAAUCACAGCAUCAAUAAUAAGGAAAAAUACGACGCUGUGACAUUCUUCGAUGUAGCUGAGCAUGUCGCUGAUGUCCGUCAAGUCUUAAAAGCCAGCGUUGAAUGUCUCAAGCCAGGAGGUCGAAUCUUCAUCACAACAUGGAACAAAACAUUUAUGGGCUGGUUCUAUGGCAUUUUCUUACUCGAAUGGGUCUUUGGAAUUGUUCCACGAGGUGCACAUGACAUCAAGCUGUUCAUAUCUCAUGAGAAGAUCUCAGAAUAUUUGAAGGAAUUCAACUGCAAGACUCUUGAGGUUCGUGGAUCAUGGUAUAGCUUGUGGAAGAGAGAUUGGAGCUUCACAUCUUACACUGGAGUAUGGUACGCAAUGGAAGCCGUAAAGGAGAAAUAACAAUUGUCAAGUUUGUGCACAGUAACAAUGAUUGUCGACUUGCUAUCUUCAUUUUUAUCACUGCCCUCAUGAACUGUUACUGAUAUCAACCUAUGACACCAUACUCGAGUAUUAACAACACAACUGAUAAGAAACUUUUAUCAAUUUUUUUAAAAUUUUUAUUCUAUUUUUAAAGUAUUUGUGAUUUGGUGACCUUUUUGGAGGUCAAGAAAUGAUUUUAUAUUAUAAGUUGUGAUUGGCUGUCAUUCCUAGAAUAUUAAUAAAAAUUAUUAUUUUUUUUUUGGAAUUUUAUUAAUUUUAAAUUAUCUAAUUAAAAGCAUUGGGGUUGCCAUACUCUAGAUCUCAUCCGAUUUGGAAGACCUGGCUCAACUGUUUGGAUAGGGACAAGAUACUUACCAAUGAUGAGCUUGCCGAUCCUAUCAUCAUUCAAAGUCCCUCUGUUCUGGGCUGUCCAACUGCGCACUAUUAAGCGGGACUGUUCAGCUUCUUUAAGCAAAUAUCUACAAAAACCGAUGUACAGCCAACUCUUAUCUGGUAUCAAGCGCGUAGGCAGGGG